CAUUAUCAAGCAUACCAAUUCGCACAGCACCAAGCAUACAUAGACUACUGCGCAACCUGUGUCGGCACAACUUCUGGCAUCCUCAGAUUGAUGAGCUUGAACUGAGGACGUCAGAUUAAGGGCGUUUCCUUGGCGAGUGCGGCUUCUGGGGCCCUGGAGGACACCAGACGCCAUUCCUAGCAAGCUGCUGAAGUGGAUCCAAACGCCGGAUCAAGAUGCGAUACAAGUACGAUGACCAAGGGCAGGGCCCCUGGACUGCAGAGGAGGAUGCGGUCCUCAAAAGCCUGAUUGCUCAGAGGGGGCCACGGCAAUGGACGCGCAUAGCGGAAAACAUUCCCGGCCGCUCCGGCAAGAGCUGCCGGCUGCGGUGGUUGAACCAGCUAAGCCCAGCGCUCAAGACGAGUCCGUGGGAGCCACAGGAGGACGCGGUAAUCCUGUGGGCGCACCUCCACUACCGCAACAGGUGGUGUGAAAUCGCCAAGCACCUGCCGGGCAGGACGGACAACCACAUUAAGAACCGCUGGAACUGCACCCUGAAAAAGCGCUUACCAUCGGUGCUGGACCUCCUGCGGGGAGUAGGAGGCGGAGCCGGAGGCGGCAGCAGCCGCUGCGGCCGCCGCAAGGGGGGCGCAGCGGCGGCAGCAGCCGCCGACGGCUUACAGGUCAAAAGGGAGGCGGACGACGGCGCUGACGGUGCAGGCAGCGGCCUCGGCGAGACUCAGGCUGAGGCUGAGGACGGCGGCCCCGAUGGCGGGGAGGCGGACGCCGCCGGGGGUGCCCAGGAAGAGGCAGGAGCGGCAGCGGUGGCGGCGGCAAAGGCGGCGGCGCAACUCCCUGUGACGGUGGAGCGCAUCUACACGGCGCUGCUGCAGGCGACAGGGGCGUCGGGCGCCGGCAUCUACAGCCGCCAGCACCACGCUGGGGGACACCGGGGCCUGGGCCGAGCGCAGCCGGUGCUGCCGCCGCCGUCGUCGCUACAGCCACCGCAGCCGCACGGCACCGAUGGCGUGGAGCCUGUGGGCGCGGACGGGCACCUGGCUGCCUCUGAUGACGUCGACGGAGGCGGCGGCGGUGGCGGCGGCGGCGGCGGCCAAUUUGGCGGCGUGGUUGGCGGUGGCGGUGCCGCAGGCGGCGGCGGCGGUGCCAGCGGCGGCGAGGACGGCUACGGCCCGGAGGGCUGCAACAACGAUGGCGACGUGGAGGAUCGCCUGAGCAUCGCAGACCUGUUUGCGUUAUCUGCCAUACCCAUCCCGCCGGCCCGCGUGGCGGAGGCGGCCGCCGCCGCGGCGGCGGAGGCGGCGGGCCUGCGGUUCACGUCGAUGGGCCCCGCCUGCCCGUCCGGCCAGUCGCCGCCGCGGCGCGUGGGCCGGCCGCGGGGCAGCCGGCGCAGCUCGGGCUCCAAGCGGCCGCGAGGGGAGGCGCCCGAGAGUGAUGGUGGCGACGAUGAUCAGGGCGGCCGCCGCGGGAACAGCGAAGGCGGUGGCGGUAACUGGAAUGGUGGCGGCGGAAGCCGCGGCCAUGGUGGGAGCGGCAGAAGUGGCGGUCAUGACGGCGAAGGCGGCGGCUGCGUCAGCGGGGGGACAGAUGAGUCGGAUCAGGCCUCGGAGGCUGCCGCGGCCCUAGAAUACCUGGCGCGGGCGGCUGCUGUGGCAGAAGAUGUGAAGCCGCUGUCUUCGCAGCACCUACAGCUACAGCCGCCGCAGCAGCAGCACAUUGCAUUGCGAAGGCUCAGCAACGAGGGUGCUGGCGGCACCAGCGACGAUGGUGCAGGCACUGCUGGCCAUGAUGACAUGCGCCGUGUAGGCAGCGGCGUGGGCUGGGUUUCAGGUGUAAGUGCAGGCGGCGGCUGCAGGGACCAACGCGUGCUGCUGGUGGCGGCGAAUGCCGCAGCGGUGAAUGAUGGCAUUGGCGGCGUUUCCAGGGGCGCGGACGGCGCGGGUGGCCGCUGGCGGCAGCAGCCAUUGGCAGGGUUUGCACUCGGUUUGAAGGAGGAGGAUCAGAAGCCGUCAGUGGCUCAGCUCUUGCUAGCGGCAAGCGGGGCUUGUGGCGGCGGCGGCGGCGGCGCGCAUGCAGGGCAGCAGGGCGUCGAGGCCGAGCUGCUGGUGCGGCUGCAGCGGGCGUUGGCGGCCGGCGCUCAGGCGCGGGGGCUGCAGGCGUCGUCGGAGGCGGGCGCGAGCGCGGGCUCGGGCCAGGAGCAGCACGCGCACGGGCAACAGGGGCAGGGGCGCGAGGGGGCGGGUGCCGCACUGGAUGGCGACUCCUUGGCGAUGACCUACGGAGGAGCAGCUGGCGGCGGUGGCGCCGCCGCAGGUGGAGGGGCAGGAGGCGUGCGGGGCUUGGCUGAGGUUCUGGUGCAGCGGCUGAGGCGGGAGCGGGAGCUUGGGUUGGAGGCGGCGGCGGCCGCCGCCGACGCGGGCGGGGGCUCCGGACUCGCAAGGCUGCGCGGGCCGGGGCCAGGCACUGGCGGAACGCCGCUGCCGCUGGGGCAAGAGGCGGGCGUUGAGGCGCGUGGCGGCCUGUUGCAGCCGACACGAAACUUCGCCGUCAGUGCGGCUGCUGCGGCGGCGGAGGCUGGCAGCCGCGUCGCCGACAUGGAUGCCAGCGGUGGGGGUGGCGAGCCCUUGCAGCCGCAGCGCGGGCGCAAGCUGCACCCUCACCCGCACCCACAUCCGCACCCACACAACCAGACAGGGGCGCCGCAGGCCGCCGCGCCGCCGGCGCCGCCUCCCGAGCUGGCUGGGUCGCUGUUUCGGCUUGGGCGGACGUUGCGUGCGGCGAUUGAGGAGGGCAACGACGUGGCGGCGAUGGCCGUGGCGGCUGCGCUGGAGCAACUUGGCACGCUGCUGGCGGCGCCGCCCCACUGCCAGUCGCAAGAGCUCGACCUAACCGGCGGCGGCGUAGCGACGGGCGGCUGGCACCAGCCGCAGCACCCUAACGAUGUGGAUGCGAAUGCGGAUGCCGACAUGGAUGACGUAUACCACGAGGACGGCGAGCUACUGCCGCUGCGCAUGCUGGGCCGCGCCGCCGGCGUGGAUGCUGCUACAGCCGGCCGCGCCGGCCUUGGUGUCGGUCUGGGUGUCGGUGCUACUGCCGCUGGCGCCUUUCGCGGCCACAGCCACCGUGACGAGUCCGUCGUGUACGGCAUCAGCCAGGGGCGGGGGCAGAGAGAUGCCGCCGCCCUACAGCAGGGCUUGCAGCAGCGGCACCACCUGCCGCCGCAGCAGCAGCAACAGCAGCAACAUCAGCACCGGCAGCUUGUUCAGCUGUCACACGCGCUGGGCAAGGGAGGUGGUGGCGGCGGUGGCGCCCAGGCAGGUGUGGGCCGCGCGUCAACACUGCUGGCCACGGCCGAAUGGGAGCCGCAUCAGCAGCAGCAGGAGAUGCGGCAGCAGCAGCGGCAGCAACAGCCACAGCAGCAGCGAGUGCAGCUAAAGCAGCAGCAGCAGCAGCGAGAGGACCUUGAGGAUCGACACCAGCAACAGCAGCAAGAGCAGCUGCUGCUGCACUUGAGGCAACAGGCGCAGCAGCGGCACAGCGCUGCGUGGGCUUCACAACCGCCGGGCUCAUUGGCACCCCGCGACCUGCAACAACUGCUUAUGGUGCAGCAACAACAGCAACUGCAGCAGCAACACCAACAGCGACAGCAGCACGGGCAGCAGCAGCAGUCGCUGCGCGUUGCGCGUCUGAUGGUGCCACUCGCGUCGGAUGGCGGAGGCCUGGGCAUGGCGGCUGGCGCGCUGAGCGGCGCGGGCCCGGGCGCCGGCACAGGCACAGGCACGGGCACCGGCACGGGUGCAGGUGCGGGCGGCAUUGGUGUAAGCCUGUCAGGCCUGGACCCGCAAGUCUUGCGUCAGUUGCUGCUUCUGCACUCGCGGAGCUAAGAGGACUGCAAUGUUCACAGCGCUGCGUACGCCGCUCGCGCUCCAAGCCAUUGCCAGGCUGUGCAUCGCCGCGGAACUCAUGAAUCUGUGUGUGGGUGUGUGUGCAGAAUGCUGUGUUGAGGUGCCGUCCUGGGCGGGCCAGUCAUCACGUCCUAAAAGUUUAAUCCAAUUUACAAAUUCAAUUCACUGCACAUCACCCACAUCCCAACCCUCGGCAUUGGCAAUGGCAUCCACGUGCGGCACGCAGUACGAGUUGGUUGUGCAAUAUCACGUGGUCGAAUGCGAUGGCCAUGCUGCAUUCCAAGUGGUGUUGCUGGCCACAUGGAAAGUAUUCCAUUCCCGCACUUUGAUGAUGGUGUGUUACAGGGUUGGGAGUGUGCGUCCCGGACCCAUAACACGAACUGAGCCGCAAGGGCUCCUCGUCUCCACAUUCCCACCCAAGCUUGGCAGGGCCGGCCGUCCGACGGGCUUGUGGCACGCGUCUGUCGCUUUGGUUUCAGGAGUUGAACGGUGUCCAAAACCUGGCAGCAUUUGCACGUGCGUUAGGUGAUUACGUGUGCGCUAAGGUGUUACUACGUAUGUCGGUGAAUGACCGACCAAGCUGUGAAGCGAGAUUGGCUACUUGCGGGCAUAACUGUGUACCAUUCACAUGGCGUCGUGUCUUCGAAUACGGGGGGCGGGGGCGUUUAAUGUGUCCGUUGGGUUGCAUGCACAGAACUGGUGAAGCGUGGGCACACCGCUAAAUGACAAUGAGACCGUGGGGCACAGGUCGCGCAAUGGCGUGGGGGCACUGCAAAGGACACGUGUUUCAGCAGGCAAGCGCCAAGCCUGCUGCAAGGCUUGGAUGAGGGCCCGGGUGGCUUGAAGUUGGCUUGCACCUUUGUCUGGAGACUCUGGACAGGGCAGUGGUGUUGCCCUUCUCUGAUCCUUCCUCGCAGCUGGCGCGUGGAUUCGUGGUGCGGGUUAUGGUGCCACAACAAAAAGCAUGGCAGGCCCUCACCUGCCCCGGCCUGACCGGGUCUCGCGCGCAUCAGCCCAGAGGCCGCGGCAGAGGUGUUGGUGUGAUGUUGGGGAGGAUUGCUGGCUGGGUGUUUCCAACCUUGGUUGAGGCUAUACAACAGAACCGGUGGAUGGACAGCAACGCAUACAUUUAUGAUGAAGUUUUGCACUCGUUGGGGGCACUUUCUUAAUAUCCGCUUCCAUCAUGUGCAUGGAUGGAUGUGUGGGGUAAAAGCGGGGACAGGGACUGGGAGGCCCAUCCUCGGGGACUUGAGGAUCUAAGCGUACACCACGCUGCCAAAAAGGACGCAUCAGUAUCAUUAAACGUUUGUGGGGUCAAUCGCAUGGUUUAUCAAAGCCUAGAGAUGGAGAUGCACAAAGCUGCAAGCAUAGUGUGGAUGGUUUGGCAGUACGUACGUUCCAAAGUCGCUUACUCCUACGCCCCUAAAUGUUAGCAUAAUGCCUGUGCGGUUGACAUUUAGUGUUUGAUUUUGAAAUGUGGCCACAUGGCACGGCCAUGCUGAAGGACUUUGGACUCACUUUCAGACCGUCUCGAUGGCGCCGGGCGUCGUGGCGUUCACGUGCGCGGCUCCCAGGACAUGUGGGCGUUUACGGGUGCAUAGGCUGCUAACCAGUUUGCAUGUGGGCGAUCGUCAGGGCGUAAAAAUAAAUACUGGCGCAAACCGCAAGUGCCACAUGCAUGUGAGUGUUUGGUAAUUGGAGCCUGGCCCCUCUGUGGACUCAACAGUCGGAGACGGUUGCUGCUGAUGGGUUGGUGGCGGUGUGUAUGUCCACAGCAACCCUCGCGCAUUACGCAAACGCACGCAUGCAUGCCUGCGCUGAGACUCGUUUUAUUGGUGCCCGAAAGCGUGGAGGAGCCAGCGCGGGCCGCAGGAGUCAGCUGAUUUAGUGCGGUGUAUGGGAACGGCAACGGUGUCCGCAGCGACAACAUUACAUACGGUAGAGACAUUCUUGGCAUAGCACCGCACAUACACCGCGCCGCAUUCUUGGCGUAGACCGCACACCGCCACAAGUGGAGUGGCCGUGGAAUUCGUGGGCAGGGGUCAUUGAUUGUUGAACGGUACUGAGUGGAAGGUCCCCCUUACGUUGGACUAUAUACCCUUACGUUGGACUGCACGGUCACCAGACGGUCACUGCCAGUGGUGUAAACAACACGCCUG